AUGGCUGAUUGUAUCAGAAGUGUGGCAAGGAAGGUGUUAGGAGAAACAAAAGGGAAGCGUAUGAUAGAUAAGGAUGGGUGGUGGUGGAGUGAAAGUAUUAGAGAAGUUUUGAGAGAAAAGAAAAAUGCCUUUAAAGAAUGGCAGAGCGUAGAAGACCAGAAUGAAUCCAUAAAAGAAAGUAAGAGAGGGGCGUAUAAAGAAUGUAAGAAGAGAGCGAAGAAGGAAGUUGCUAUUUGUAGGGCAGAGGCGCACGAUAAAUUAUAUCGGUCCCUUGAAAGCCCCGAAGGUCAAAAACGACUUUUUCAAAUUGCAAGAGCGAGAGAAAGGAAUGGAAGAGAUGUUUCACAUGUAAAAUGUAUAAAAGAUGAUUCUGGAAGGAUUUUGACUGACGAUGAAAGUAUAAAGAAGCGAUGGAAGGAGUAUUUUGAGAAAUUGAUGAAUGACGAGAAUGAAUGGAAUGGUAUGCUUGAAAACCCACCAGUGAAUAUGGGCUUAGUGAGAGAAAUUAGUGUGGAAGAAGUAAAAAUGGCUGUUAGGAAUAUGAAGAAUGGGAAGGCGGUCGGCCCAGAUGGAAUACCAGUAGAAGUGUGGAAGUUGCUGAGGGCGGAUGGAUGGAAGUGGUUGAGUUUAUUUUUCGGUAAAUUGUUGCAGGAAGAACAAAUACCUGAGGAAUGGUGCAGUAGUAUACUGGUCCCCAUUUUUAAAAACAAAGGAGACGUUCAAAACUGCAGCAGUUACCGGGGAAUAAAGCUCAUGUCACAUACGAUGAAAGUCUGGGAAAGAGUAAUAGAGAGAAGAAUGAGAGAAGAGUGUGAGAUAACACAAAACCAGUUCGGAUUCAUGCCCGGUCGAGGUACGACAGAUGCCAUUUUCGCAUUACGCCAAUUGUGCGAAAAGUACAAGCGCGUGCAUAAAGAUCUGCACAUGGUUUUUGUCGACCUUGAAAAGGCGUACGAUCGGGUUCCCCGUGAGGUCGUGUGGUGGGCGUUAAAGAUGAAAGGUAUGCCUGGGAAGUAUGUGAGGUUGGUCCGUGCUAUGUACAGAGCAUCCCGUACAUGUGUACGAUCUGCCGCGGGAACUACGGGCAGUAUCGAUGUGGCGGUAGGGCUGCACCAAGGGUCGGCACUGAGCCCUUACCUCUUCCUACUGAUUAUGGACGCUUUGACGUCGGACCUGCAGGAUGAGGCACCCUGGUGCAUGCUCUUUGCCGAUGACAUCGUGCUUGUCGGGGAAGAAGGCAUCGAGGUACAGAGCAGACUGACGGGGUGGCAACGGAGGCUGGAAAGUGUUGGCCUGAAGAUCAGCAGAUCCAAAACCGAAUAUCUGUGCUGUGAUUUCGGCGGUCUUUCCAGUCCUGUACCCAUGUCGUUGGAUGGCGCUAUACUGCCUGUCAGCUCAGAUGUCAAGUACCUCAGUUCCCUCAUUCAAGGCGACGGCGGAAUAGAUAGAGCUGUGCAGCAUAGGAUUAACGCAGGGUGCAUGAAAUGGCGACAAUGCGAGGCGAUGAAUGACGAAAGUAGCGCCAGUGGUAGAAAAGACACUGGGUUGUUAGCGUUAAACGACACCUGUAUAAUGAGAAGCUUUAUUGAAGAAUUAGUUAGACAAAAUUUCACGGCUGAACUACGUGAUGAUAUUUUGCGUAUAUAUAAUAGGAUAUAUUUUAUUAGUGCGAUAGGCCAAUACUUGGAUACAAUUGCAGCCAGAUCAAAUGAUUACGAUAACUUUACACGUGAACAAUAUAACGCUACAAACGUAAUGAAAUCAUCGUUUUACGCAAUCAAGUCCCCAAUUUUACUAGGAUUAGCACUUGCUAAUAAGCUCAGUGAAGAAUCCUACAAUCACGUGGAUAAUGUUUGUGAUGAUAUUGGCGUGUUACCACAAAUUCAUAAUGAUUUAAUAGAUGUUUUUAAUAUAGACGGAUCAGUGACUGGCAAGAAUGGCACAGAUAUACAGGAAAGAAAAUGUUCUUGGGUAGCCGUUGCUGUUUUAGAGAAAUGUAAUACAGAACAAAGGCGCAUUUUCGAAGAGAAUUACGGCAGCUGGGAUCCGAAGAAAAUAGAUAGCAUUCGCAAACUAUAUGAAGAGUUGGAUAUACUACAACUGUACAAGCAAGAAGAAAGAGCUCGUUAUGAAACGUUCCUUAAAAAACUUGUUGUUGUCCUCAUGGAGAAGCACAGGGAAAAGAAUAUGGCUCUGAAUUUUUUAUUCAUAGACCUGCAGAAGGCCUUUGACUGUGUUCCUAGGGAGAUGAUCUGGUGGGCGUUGCGGUCGAAGUUGGUACGAGAGACCUACGUGGAAAUCGUACGUGACAUGUACCGCAACUCCGAUUCAAUAGUCAGGACCGCUGUUGGUGAUACCACCCCCUUCCCCAUAACCAUAGGCGUGCAUCAGGGCUCCGUUUUAAGCCCAUAUCUCUUCAGUGUGAUAUUAGACGAACUGUCAGCCAGCGUACAGACUCUACCGCAGCCUUGGCUGCUUAUGUACGCUGAUGAUAUCGCACUGGUAGAUGGGGACAAAGUACGGCUCACCAGACGCGUGCACGCAUGGAGGGAGGCGCUUGAGAACGGCGGGCUGAAGCUAAACGUGGCGAAGACGGAGUAUAUGGCCUGCAACAGCACAGAUCUGACGUCUCUCCGUAUAGGCGACGACACCGUCGAGCGCACAGACAACUUCAGGUACCUCAGAUCUGUGCUUGAUGCGUCCGGUGACAUUGAUCGCGACAUCAAGGCCCGUAUAUCAGUGGCUUGGGCGAAAUGGCGCGAGGACAAAAAUAAGACAAUCAAACAACAGGACCGAAGUAUCAUUAUUGUCAGCCCACAAAAACAUAAUGUUAUAACAUGCCAGAAAUUACCAUCCGAAAUGAACAAAAAUGUUUGCAACGACAUAAAUUUUGCUGUUGAUAUUACGAUAGAAAAAAUGCCCGAUGGGCUGUUGGUUACUGAUGUUCCUAAGCUUCCUGAGCAUGACGGAUUUAAGAUAAUUACAUGCGAAUUGGCUCCAGCAUCAAUAAUGGCUAGCGAAAUGAUUACUAAUAACAUUAACCCACCCCAAUCAGCACCUAUGCCUGUAAAUGUCAGUCCCAUGUCUUUGUGUAGCAGUAAUAUUAAUUUAAAUAAAGAUGACAACAUAAUAUUAUACAACUAUAAAGAUGUCAGUUCGCCUAUCAGAGCGUCAAGUCCAAUUUCGGGUAUCGAACCAAUGCCACCUUCGACAGAUGAAGAACCUUUUUCUGAUUCUGGAUCUUCAUGGAUUCCGGACACAGAAGAAGAAAAUAAAAUAAAAAGGAAAAGUAGUUCUUUAAUAAACAUCAAUAUUUCAGUGGCUAAGAAGAAAAAAAGAGUUAAGAGAUUUGAACGAAUAAACCCCAUUUUGUCGAGUGACUCUGAAGAUGAAACAGGUAAUAUUACAACAACUCGCGCUAUUAUUGAAACUCCUAUUGACCAAGUUUCACCAGUUAACCGUGAUAGAAGGAUCAUGGAACACAAUAUCACAAUCGCUGAGACAACAGAUUCAGAAAAAGUAACAGGAAAUAAGGAAAAAGAAAUCUACAGAUGGAAAAAUACUAAUCAAACAAACUGGAAAAGAAAUAAAGAGUUGGAGAAGAAACGAAAAUGUUUGCCAUAUAAGAGUAAAACUGGAAAGUUUCUUGCAGCUAAACUACCUAAAAGUCCUAAAUGCAGCCAAAAUUGUCGUCAGAAAUGCACAGAAAAGUUUACACAAAACGAGCGUGAGAAACUUUGCAAAUCCUAUUGGUCUAUACAAGAUUUUAAGCUGCAAAAAGAGUUUUUGCUUAAGCGCAUCAUCAUUAAGCCAGUGCAGACUAUAAGAAAAUCUGUACCGAUCGAAAAACAAAGAAGUUCUAGCAGAGAAUACGGUUUCUAUAAAAAUAAGACUGUAUUUGAACGAGUAUGCAAGAAAUAUUUUAUGUCCACUCUUUGCGUUUCUAGUGGUCCAAUCGAAACUGCAGUAAAACAUGUGGAUGAUCAUGGUGUAUUUACAAAAAUGGAUAAUCGUGGCAGACAAGCGCCUGCAAACAAAACUCCUAGAGAACAGAUACAAGAGGUAAAAAAUCACAUUGAAAGUUUUCCUGUAAUUGAUUCCCAUUACUGUAGAAAAAAAACAACCAGGAAAUACUUAGAACCUACCUUGUCAAUAUCAAAAAUGUAUGAUUUGUAUGUGCAGAAAAUGAAAGAAAGCAAUAAAGUGCCAGCAAAACUAAACAUUUAUAAGAAAGUGUUUGGUACAGAAUACAAUUUAGCGUUCUAUCACCCCAAGAAGGAUCAAUGUAGCAUUUGUAACAAUUACAAAAAAGAUAAAACUAAUAUAAAUAUUCAAAAUGAGUAUACUCAACAUAUAGAGCGAAAAGAGGCAUCUUAUAGAUCUAAAGAGCUGGAUAAAAAGAAGUCGGGAGAAGAUAAAUCAUAUUUGUGUGUCACCAUGGACUUGCAAAGUCUACUGCAGAUUCCAUCGACUGCAGAUAGUCAAAUGUAUUAUUCCAGAAAAUUAAAUUUAUAUAAUUUAUCUAUUUAUGAGUUUAAACCUCCACAGAACGACGCUCACUGUAUGAUCUGGACGGAAAUAAACAGCAAAGGAGGCAGUGUUGAAAUAGCAUCUGCUAUACAUUUAUGGAUUAAGAAUCUCCCAGAGGUUUUAACGCACGUCACCAUUUAUUCCGACACGUGCUCGGGACAAAACCGAAAUCAGUACAUAGCAGCAUUUUUAUUGUACUUAGUACAUACGCAUGAGACAAUCAAAGUAUUAGAACAGAAGUAUCUAGAAAGUGGUCAUAGUUUUAUGGAAGUAGAUUCAAUGCAUAGUGCCAUAGAAAAAGAAAAAAUGUACACAGACACGUAUUCUAUAAUAGAUUGGAAAGAAAUUAUGCUACGGGCAAGAUCAAAAAGACAAAAUAAAAAUGUAACUCCAUAUAAUGUAACUGAAUUAUCAUAUCAAGACAUGAUUGAUGUAAAAGCACUUGCUUCGAAAAUAAUUAAAAACAAAACUAUAGCGGAGAAUGGGGAGAAAGUGUGCUGGUUGAAAAUAAAAUGUCUUAGAUUUGAAAAAGAAUUACCUGGUUUUAUUAAAUACAGAUACGAUUACGAUGGGCCAUAUAACUUACUAAAUACUCUUUGUAAACCAGGGAGAUCGACUAGGAGAACUCCAAACUCUGAAAUGCCAACUAUAAAUACUGAAGAUCUUCCCCGGGCAUAUAAACAAUGUCUUCCUAUAACAAAACAAAAAAAGAAAGACCUUUUACAGCUCUGUAAGAAAAAUAUAAUUCCUAAAGAGCUUCACGGCUGGUACGAAAGUUUACCAUGUUCAUACGAAGACCAGGGUCCAUCACGCUCCACUGAUUCAUCUGAAGUCGAUGAGUAA